AUGAAAGAGAUCAUCGAUACAACUCUCUUCCUUGGAGAGCUCUCUGACUUCUUCAACGGCAAGGAUGAGUCGCUGAGUAAAUAUGCUGGUGCUCCGUUCAUUACCUCUGACAACAAGAUCUGGGACUUUGCUAAGAAUGACUUAACUGCCGUUUCUCCCACGAAUGUGCCCGCCAAGCGGUCCAGGCACAUUGCUCGACUGGAGCAAAAGAGUGGGCUGGCUUCCACUUUGAAGGGUGAACGCUGUGAGUACGCUGUUGAAGGAGCCGCUCCGAUGGGCAAUGAUGUGAAGGAAUUCGUUAUUGGCUCUGGUCGAUUUUGGACGUUUGAUUCUGUGCUCUUAUUUUUUGAGGAAUAG